CAGUCAUUGACACUUCUUCAACCAUUCAAACUAGCAACAACAGAGAUGUCAGAGGAACAGAGAGUGUCUGCUUCAAAGCUCAUACCAUUGUACAGGAUGUUGCAGCACAAGCUUGCACAGAAAAAAGGAAAUGCAACGCAGGAAUCAACUGUACAAUUAGGCUCACAUCUACAAGAAGGUCUGCACUCCAGAUGUGGAGGGUACGAGACUUUUAGAGCCUUGGCACUGGCUACACUGCUGGACCCAAGGUUUAAAAAUGUGGCUUUUGGAAAUCCUGCCAAAGCCCUGGAUGCUGAAAAGCACAUCACACUGGAGUGUGCUUCACUGAUGCGUUCAAACACAACUCCUGAACCACAAAUGUCAACAUCAGGCCCAUCAUCAACACCAGUUGAAACACAAGACAGUUUAUGGGAACAUUUUGACAAUCGUAUCCGUGAGACCCAGAUGAUACACAAUCCUACAGCUGAUGCCACAGUGGAAAUGAAAAAAUACCUCAGCGAUGCGUUUUUGCCCAGAACUCAUGAUCCUCUAACUUACUGGAAAGAGAGAGCAGUAAUCUUUCCUCAUUUGUAUGUCCUAGCUAAAAAAUAUCUUUGUAUGCCAGCAACAAGUGUCCCUUGUGAGAGAAUUUUUUCAAAGGCUGGAGAAAUUAUCUGUAAAAAAGAAGUAGGCUGAGUCCUUCAACAGCAGAGAAAUUAAUAUUUUUGAAU